GAUCUAAUAAACCCUUUUACUUUUAUAGAGUUUUUGUUAAGUAAUAUGGUAACUGUGCCCCUAUGAGUUCAUAAUGCUGCGUAAUAUGACAUAUCUGCCUUCACCGUCAUCAUCACCAGGUUCUUUAACAUUUCACGGCAAUCUUGGCCACCCUAGCCCACCCCUCAAUAUACAGGACAGAAUACGCGUUGUUACUUCACCAUCGCUAAGCGACUCAGAAGUGAGCUUGAACGACUUGUCUCGCGCGUGGAAAUCGUCGGGCAGAAAAAACAGGGAACAAAUUUCACCAAGGCCGCUAGUAUCAAGACAAGAGUCUGAGAAAAGCGUUAAACGCGUCACCUUUGACAGCAGCAGUGUUCAUCAGUCGUCAACACGACGACGGCGACGUUCAGCUAUCAAAGUAACCACAGGCUUCAACGUUUCAGAAGUCCCAAGUACUGUAACUACUCCUACAGAGUGUUCGCGGUGUGGUGACGCCGACUGUGCGACUUCGCCUACAGUCAAACCAGCCAAACUUUCACAAGAGCACUGCGUAGCGCAGGACCGCUUCCCAAACACCGCCUCGCCUGUUCGCAAAGCCUUAGAUAGGAUAACUGAAACCCCUAACCCUGGGAAAUCCCCCCAGGACCCCUGCCCGUCGUGCAAUCUCUUAACCGCUUCACCUCAAUUCAAAAUGCCAGGUUUAUUGAAAGGAAAUACUGAAGACGAGGACAAAAACGUUGUUGUUCCCACACCGGUUCGUGUCGACGUAAGUCGGUUCAUUCCAAGAGACGAGAUACACCCGAUAGAUACAGACGACGAACAGGCCCAUUCUCUUUACUCUGAAAGCUUUAUCCAAAAUUGUCGCCUUGAGCAUAUGGUAAUGGUCAUGGGCCUACACCCGCAAUACCUACAGCAGUUUCUCGACACCAAUGUUCAUCUUUUGCAAUCAUCCGGCGCUCUUUCAUACGAAUACAGAAGUUACAUUGCCAUAAUGGCGGCAGCGCGUCACCAAUGUACGUACCUCGUCCAUCUGAUGGAAGCCCAGUUUUUGCUGCAAGGUGGCAACAGAGAGUGGCUAAAGGGUCUCGACCAUAUACCAGCGAAACUAAGAGCUCUGUCCAAGUUAAACAGACUGCUUGCCCAUCGUCCAUGGCUAGUUACUGCCCAAGACUUCAAGGACUUGACUGAAGGUGAUGCCGCAUCUCGCUGGCAACACUCCCAACUUGCUCAAGCAGUUGUACUACUCUGCCACUUUCAUGGUUUGGCCAUUUUCUGCCACGGAACUGGCGUGAACCUCGAACUUGAUCACUCGAAGGCGCACUCCUUCCACACAAGGUCAGGGUCACCCACCACGCCCCGAAGCAAACCCACGUCGGGCUCCAACACCCCUGUGGAUUUUCGCCAGGGAAGAAAAUCUCCGCCACCCCAGAUUGAGCAAAUUGGGGAUGUUGAAGUCCUGAUGGAGAGGAUGCGAAAGUUGCAAGAAGAGGAAGAAGAUGUGACGACUGAAGAACGAAACCGGAGGUUUGAGAUUGAAAAGGAAGAGGCAUCGUACAGUCUUAUCCCAGGUGCAUCAGGUCCAGUAGGUGGCGCUGCAUACUUUGCUCGUUACGUUGAAGAUCCUCAGUUUAGUUACCAAGACUUUGCUAAACGUGACGCACAUGCUGAAAUCCCAACUUUUCGGGCUCAGGAUUACAACUGGGACCAUGCGUUUACUGUAAUGACUGGCUACUAUGGUGAGGUAGCUGAACUCCUUGAUGAGAAAUACAAGACUGCUUAUAACCUCACAUAUAAAACGUUAGCAACACGAGAUAACGUUGAUACCACUUCCUUAAGAAGAGCAAUUUGGAUGUAUGUCCACUGUAUGUAUGGAAUCAUGUAUGAUGAUUACAACUACAGUGAGGUGAACCAGUUACUUGAGCGACCGCUAAAAGUUUUCAUUAAAACCGUUUCUUGUUUUCCUGAAAAAACAACGCAAGCAGUUUAUGAUGGUUUUUGGAAGCAGUUCCGCCACUCCGAGAAAGUCCACGUCAACAUUAUGCUCCUGGAGGCGCGGAUGCAAGUCGGACUUCUUUACGGUCUCCGAGCAUUGACCCAGUGCAUGAGGGAGAGUUAGUUUGUUCUGUCAUUAUGAUGUCAUCGCUUUUUUCAACGCUGAUGAUGUCAUCGGUCCCGUCACUAGUGAGGUCGUAGGUGAUGAUGAUGUCAUAGCUAUGACAUCAUCGCUAGUGAUGUCAUCGCCUGCUUUGGUUCAGAUUUAGCUCUUUGCGAUUGCAUUCUUAAUCGUGGUGUCCCCUUUUCUUGUGACAUCAUCGCUUCCAUAGAAGGGGAUUUCCCUCCGCCACUACAAACUAUUGGUGCAGUUUCUUUUUUCUCGAAAAUUUUACUGAAGUUUCUGUUUUACAUUUUUAUCGUCGUUUUACUGGCGUCACGUAGCAAUCUGCGUCGUGGGUAGCAUGUUUAACUCAAAAUCCUUGCAAGGUUUGGUGCAAUAUCUUGAAAAAUGUGGAUGAAUUAAGUUCGACUGUCUGCAGCUUAGCUCACUAUCUAUUCAUGCUAGGCAAUUGUGAUGUUUCAAUACUCUUUGUGACAUCACACUUACGCGUGUAGCCAAAGUUUAAACUUUGUCGCAGAUUUGAUAUUUUGAGUUUAUCAAUGCGAUGCGAAUUUCGUUUAUGACAUCAUAACAGCGAUUCUGACGUCAUUCGUAACUUAAACUUGACGUCAUAUCUGCCUAUUGCUUCGUUCUUCCACUUGAAAGCUUUGCGGUUCGUUUGUGCCCUCUGGUGCCCCCUAGCGCCAGCAAUUACUGUGUUCGUUAUGUCUUCAAGGUAAAUUGUGUAUUGGUACCGCCACAGCCUAAUCAGCCACUCGUGGGGUUCCAAGAACAGCACCUUUCCCUUUUUAUUGUCUCCUUGUAUUUCCAGUAUUAUUUUUGUACGCUAUAUAUAGCGAAAAUAAAUCGUUUGUCAAACAA